GCGCCUUGUCCAGCAGAUUGAGUCUGUCGCUCUCUCCGCGGUGACUGCGCUCAGCACAGCCGCAUCCAGCGAAGCGACUGAGAGAUAUCGCCACGGUUACCUCUUUCUUCAACUUUUCACUUCUUACUUCACUUUUCAAGCUUUUUACUAAUUGAUUUUUUUAAUAUAGGUGAUUCAAGACGAUAUUAAUACAAUGAACCUGCAAAGGAAUUUUAAACAGGAUUUUUUUACUGAGAGUAUCCUGGGGAUCACCGUGUCUCAGAUUUAACCCCAGCUCGUCCGCACAGGGUCUGUCGCAAAGGGAAGCGGAAUCUCACGGCUUCUGAAACCGCAGGUCGGGGAGCUGGGGACUGCGCUGCCACCGGCGCUAAGUCGCGACCGGCCGUCUGAGGCACGAACGCUACCCCGCAGAAUGGAUUCCGAAUGACUUUAACUGAAGAGUUCACGUCAGGCUGGAUGCAAAAAACACAGGUGCCACAGCUCUGAGAGAGGCCGUUGCCAUGGAGAACUGGACAAUCCCCCCCUCGCCCCCGAACUCGUCGCUGCCGGACCCACUGACGUACGACGGCUUCUUCAACAGCACCCCGAACGGCACGCAGCACGGCUUCGACCAGACCAGCACGGUGGUGGUCACCUUCGUGUACUUCGCGGUGUGCGCGGUGGGUCUCUGUGGCAACACCCUGGUCAUCUACGUCAUUCUGCGCUACGCCAAGAUGAAGACCGUCACCAACAUCUACAUCCUCAACCUGGCGGUGGCCGACGUGCUGUGCAUGCUCACGCUCCCCUUCAUCGCCAUCCAGCUGGCCCUUGUCCACUGGCCCUUCGGCUCCGCCCUCUGUCGAGUCGCCAUGACCGCCGACUCCCUCAACCAGUUCACCAGCAUCUUCUGCCUGACGGUCAUGAGCAUGGACCGCUACCUGGCUGUGGUGCACCCCAUCAAGUCCACCAGGUGGCGGAAGCCGCGUGUGGCCAAGACCAUCAACCUGGGCGUGUGGGGCGUGUCUCUGCUGGUGAACCUGCCCGUCAUGAUCUACAGCGGCCUGAUGACCAACAGCAGCUCGACGCAGGUGUGCACCAUCGUGUGGCCGGAGCCUCAGGAGGCCUACUACACCGCCUUCAUGUUCUACACCUUCUUCCUGGGCUUCUUCCUGCCGCUGGCCGUCAUCUGCCUCUGCUACCUGCUCAUCGUCGUCAAGGUGAAGUCGUCGGGCGUCCGCGUGGGCUCGUCCAAGCGCAAGCGCUCGGAGCGCAAGGUGACGCGCAUGGUGUCCGUCGUGGUGGCUGUGUUCGUACUCUGCUGGCUGCCCUUCUACGUCUUCAACGUCACCUCGGUGACGGGCAGCAUCAGCACCACGCCGCUGCUGAAGUGCACCUUCGACUUCGUGGUGGUGCUGGGCUACGCCAACAGCUGUGCCAACCCCAUCCUCUACGCCUUCCUGUCGGAGAACUUCAAGAAGAGCUUCCAGAACGUUCUGUGCCUGCGGCAGGCGGGCGGGCUGGACGAGGCGGAGCGCAGCGACAGCCGGCAGGACAGGACACGCACCGCCAUUGACGCGCCCACCGACACGCAGAGUGCGCUGCUCAACGGAGACCUGCAGACCGGCAUCUGACCAGCAGAGGGUGCUGCUCAACGGAGACCUGCAGACCAGCAUCUGACCAGCAGAGGGCGCUGUUUCUGCAACAGGCAGGAGAGAUGCCAUCUGCAGCAUCCUCACAGGCAUUGGACCCUGUUCUGCCUCAGGCUGGACAGCAGGAUGAAAAGCUCCACACACUGAGAGAUGAAAGAAGCCCAUGAAAUUGCCCCUCCCAGGGUUCCUGCUGCCCCCCAGCCCUUGGUCAGCUGAAUUAUAUUAAAAGAACGUUUUGGAAAUUUGUGU